UGAUUCUGGACCAAGACGAGAGGAUCUAGGCCCAUUAGUCUCCCUCUCACUCACUCUCUCACCAACUUCGUCGCCGAUCGCCAACUAACAAAAUCCCCCCUCUUUCUCACUCUCGAAAACCCUAAAAAAAGCCUCAGUUUCCACCCCAAAAACAAAAUUUUAAAAUCGGGGAGCUCUAAAAAUUGCAACUUGAUAUCGUUCAAAGCUCCGCCCUUGGAUAUCUCCUGGUUCUCUUCUUUGAUAUUUCUCAUGCUGUUGUUGAGGAAUGACCAGAAGUUUAUCGACUAGACUUCUGAAUAUAUGCAUUUCGUCUCUCUGCAAGGCUAAGAAAUUGGAGAGAGCUGAGGCUGUUAUUAUUGACAGUAUACGACUUGGUUCUCUUCCCGAUGUUGUCACAUACAAUACUCUUAUAUCUGCUUAUUGUCGUUUUGUAGGAGUACAUGAAGCACAUUCAAUUAUUCCUCGAAUGAGAGAAGCGGGAUUGAAACCCGAUGUUAUUACUUACAACUUACUAAUUGCUGGCGCCACUAAAUUUUCUUUAGCAGACCACUCCCUUCAAUAUUUCGAAGAGAUGUCUCAAAACUCAAUUCUUCCCGAUGAAUGUAGUUAUAAUACAUUGAUUCAUUGUUUAUUUAAAUCAGGAUGCUCCGAGGGCGCCUUUAGUAUAUUUCAAAAUAUGAUCGAGAGAAAUGUUCCCCCUUCAAUAAUUACAUACAACACAUUAUUGUAUGGUAUGUGCAAAGCUGGGUAUGCAAUAAAUGCUCUUAGAUUGUUCAGGGAAUUACGACAGUAUGGGUUUUCUGCAGAAUUGGUGACAUAUAAUAUUUUACUCGAUGGCCUUUGUAAAUAUGGUAGGUUGGCCGAAGCAAGAAGAAUUCUCAAGGAGCUAGGGGAAUCACAGUAUGCUCCAAAUGCUAUAACUUAUACAACGGUGAUGAAGUGUUGCUUUAGAUCUCGAAGGUUUCAACAAGGUUAUGAAGUAUUUUCGGGGAUGAUAAGCCGAGGGUACACUUCUGAUGCCUUUGCUUAUUGUACGGUUAUAAGCGCGAUGGUUAAAGUGGGUAAGAUUAAAGAGGCCUAUACUUUUGUCGCGCAAAUGUUCAAGAGCGGUACUGCACUUGAUGUAGCUUGUUAUAACACUUUAAUCUAUAUGUAUUGUAAAGAAGGUAAAUUAGAAGAUGCAAUUCAAUUAGCGAUGGAUAUAGAUGAGGCUUCGGAUGUAUAUACACAUUCUAUUCUUGUUGAUGGUUUGUGUAAAAUGGGUUAUGUUGAUGAUGCUCAUAAAAAGUUGAACGAUAUGGAAAGGAGGGACCUGGCAUCUAACUUGGUAGCUUACAAUAGUCUUAUUGAUGGAUUGUGUAAAUCAAGCGAUGUGGAAUUUGCGAUGAAUUUGUUUGGUAGGAUGAAAUCAAAGGAUUCUUUCACAUAUACAUCAUUACUACAUGGACUUUGCAAAGCUGGUAGAUAUCGAGUGGCAUCAAAACUUAUGAUUAUUUGCUUAGGUGAAGGUAUAUCCGUGCUUCCUUCAGUUAGACGUGCAAUUCUUGCCGGUCUCUGGUGUUUAGGAUAUAGGAGGGAUGCAAGGAAACUAAGGGCAGCAAUAAAGAAUGCGAGCUUAUCUUGGUAAAGAAUUGGAGAACAUAACAAAAUCAUGCAACGUGCCAAUCCGAAACCCAUUAUGAACUCAGGCGACAAGCGUGAGCUGGCUCACACUAAAUUAAUUGAUUGACAAAAUUUCGGAUAUACGGCGGAAUUCUUCACCUUCACAGGUGGUAUGGCUCCCUUUGCUCAGCAUUAAGGGAACAAUAAUGUUGGUAGUUUCCUUCAUACAAUUCCAUCAUGUAGUUCUUUGUUAUUUCUCUUCUUCCUCAGCCGACAGAAGCCCACCCCAAGUUCAUCUUCCCCGACGGAACCCUAACCCUAGCUCCUCCUAGCAUCCUAACAAUCGCCGCUUUUACCUCCUCUAACCGCCGCCGCUCAGCACUCCUCUUCACCCCAGUCGCCGCCCUUUUCUCCAGAAGCCGCUGAUCUUCCUCGUGCUCCCAUUCCUGUUGACCAGUCAACACCGAUCCCCCCUGCUCUUCUCUCCGUCAUCCCCGAGCCGAGCAGCCCCGCCUCUUCCUCUUUUGGUUCGACCAAUUUACCGUCCUCAGGAGGCUCCUCUUCUUCGGAGCCCUUGAUUUGGAUGUCUUUGAUGAUGUCGCCGACGUUGUAGCAGAGCUUCUUCAAUUCUUCGUCAUCGUCGAGCGGGUCAUAGGUUGUAACUGUGUUGGUUUUUUAUUGAAGACAGUGGAUUAGAUAUUGAACCAGCUUUGGAGCUUGGGUAUUGCUUGUCUGAUCUUCUGUAACAACGUGGCACUCAAGAUCAACCUCCAGAGCUAUAGUGGAGAUGAUGUUGACUUGGAACUUUGGUGAUUAUCAGAGUAAUAGUCCGUGGGCUUAUUGCUGAUGUUUUGGAGAGUAAAUAAGAAGAUUAGGUCACCAUUGCAUUUAUUUUCAACCGAGUUGAAAGCUUGGAGCCCAAAGCAUGAAGAUCGCCCAAAGCAGAACAAUAUGAAAGUUUUGGUCUUUCAUCUUCUAUGACGUGCCAUAUGUGAAAUGACAAAAAGUUGUUUUCGCAUGUACUUCAUCGGUCUGUAUGACCCAUUUGCUUAAAGCCUGAAGAGAACUGCGGACGCAAUAAGGGAGUUUUCAAUGCUAUUUGCAAUUCUCCCCAAUACCAUCAAAAAACUUACCUUUCCCCCCUUUUUCCUUGUAACAUUUUUCACUCUCAGGGCUUUGCUGCCAAAAACUAGUCAUUAAGAAAAUUUAAUUUUGGCAAAGGUGAAGAAAAAUUAUCAGUGGAUCUUGUCGCUGCCAAAUAAUUUUCUUUGAUUAUGAGUUUUGAAUAAGAUUGUAAGUUCUAGAGAAUUGUCUGAAACAGUCUAUUACAUGGCGCUUUAAUGGUCUACAAUUCUUCAA